AUGUUUAAGGAUGAUCACACUUCAAUUAGUGUUGUUCUAAUCCUCGCUGUUUUCAAUCUUUUACAGAAGCCCUCCUCAUUGAAACCUCAUUACAGUUUUGGUCUCUCUUACUCUUCCGAGGAAUUAGAAGAAGAUGAAAAUGUUGAAGGUAACAAACACUCCUCUCCUCCACCUAAAGAUAACUUGAAAGGUGAUCAAGAGAACCAAGUUCAAGGUACUCUAGUUGAUGAUUCCAGGCCUUUAGAGCCUAAUGAUGAUGGCAAUGAAGAUGAUAAAAAAUCAAAAAGUUCCACCUCAGACACAGGAUCCUCCGAUGAGAAUGUUGCGGAUCCUUUUUCCAUGUUGGAAGUCAGAGAUAGAAUUGUCUUUUCCAACUCUAAAGUCGACAAAGUUGAUCUAAAAGUUAUAGGCCUUGAUAUGAAACUUGAUCAGAAAGUUACAAAUCUUGAUUCAAAGCUCAAGCUCAUGCUCAAAUAUCUUUCCGAGAUCCAAUAUGCUGCUCCUUUGAAACUUAACCGACCCAAUCAGCUCAACCAUCUCAUUUCCCUAUGCCUCAAGCGCACUAUCAACGAAGUUGAGCAGAAGUAUAAUGAUAGUCUCGAUCAUCACAUCUCCACCACAACCAUCAUGCUUAAAAUCCAUGAUGAUAUGAUUAUUGCCACUAAUAAACUCAUCAAGUACACUCAUGUUCAUCAUGAGAAACAGAUUCAACGAAUUGAAAAGGAGAUUUGUCAAAAAUAUGCCAUGAACAUGGUUAUGUCAGAGGUGCUCAUUAACCGUAUCCGUUCAACUUAUAAUAUUUUGGAUGUUCUAGACCACAAAUUCGAUGAGAUUUUUGUCAUCCUUGAUGAAACAUUUGCCCACCUCAAAGCUUAA